AUGGAGGAGAUUCAAUGCGUUCUUCUGGGGUUUGACUCAAGCGCGCUGCUUGCGAGUUCACCUUUCCGAUCUCCCGGCGACUCGAUGGGCCACAAGGAAGCUGCCAAUGCCGAUGGUACGUCGAUUCUAUUUCUAUCCCCCGCCAUACGCUCGAGUCUUCACCCGACCGAGUUGUUGUUAUUAGAAGGCUUGUUGCCACUUGGACAGCAAUUUGCCACCCUUUCCGCUAUCGCAAGGAACGCGAGCCUGGGCAUGACCGAGGGCCUUUAUGCAUCCGCCGUGAGUGGCACCCUCGAAAAGAUUCUCUCUUAUUAUGUCGAGGAUGUAAAAGGCGCCCAAAAGCCUUCGGAUCUGUCUUUGUUGCGAUCGACCUACCGCUUAACGUUCGACCUGCUUGAGAACAUAACCCGCGCGAACCCAUCCCAGCCCCGGUUCCUGUCCUCCUCGUCGGCGACGGGCGCGUACCUUGCGGGGAUUCGAAACUUUCUGUCCAACAUGGAGGUGCCCCCUCUUUUUCGCCAAAUUAUGGGUGAACAUUUAUGGCAGGCCGUCCUGUACACCACCGCGCAUUACGUCGCGCACGGCGUGGUGCUUUACGGCCGCGCGGAUUACUUUAUUUCGGUCGCCUCCACAACGACCUCGGUGGGGGAGGGGAAGAAAUACGCCAGCGAGGCCCACACGUUUCGCCAGGACGUCCUGCCCCCUGGGCUUUCGGUGGAUCUGGGGUUGGCGAUUCUGGCGGCGGGAAAGGCCCGUCGCGUCCUUCUGAACGAGGUGGAGGCCCACGAAGGGGAUUAUCUUGAGCAGCUCGCGAUCGGCGCGCUGGAUGGGGCGGCGGAGUCCGUUUUCCAGACCAUUUUCACCCCCGCCUUGUGCAAAGACGGCGUCCUGGCGGUGGAUGAGAUGGCCGCACGGGUGGAGUCGGCGCGGGUGCUUUGGGCCAAGGCCCUUUGGGAGAGGGUCUCGCGCACCGCGCCGUUGACGAAGUACCUUGAGGCGCUUCAGGUGGUGUUUAUGUGCACCCGGGGCGACCUAUGGCAUGCCUUUGUCGAGCGCACCUUCCCCGCCUUCCGCGCCGAUCGGGCGGAAGGAUGGUCCCUCCCGCACAAUCCCGUCGGCUUCUCGAAAACGCGCACGUUAUACCAGGCCAACCUGCGCCGGGCCGUCGGGGAGGCCUUCGCCUAUGGGCUUAACAUAUCCGGACUGGCGGAGCGAUCGACCUAUGAGUCGUUUUGCGUGAGCCUGACCCAGGCGACGUCGCCCUCCGACGCCACUGCCGUCGCGAGCGAUCAAACAACGGACGCGCUGUCGGUGGAGGGGGCCGCGCAGUCGAUUUUGGGCCUUAUUCGGGAUCUUUCGAUUGUCUAUUCGACCCCUCAGGGACUCCAACUUGUGGUCUCGCAAAAGGCGCUUGAGUAUUAUCAACGGCUCUUCUCACUACACAUAUCCAUGCGCUUUGCGUUGUAUGCCUUGAGUUUACUACGCCAACUAUUUGCGGAUGCCAUCACAACCAACCCGAAGCCCUCCCACGACCUACGUCGCGCCUAUACCCUCUUUCAGAUGCUCCACUUUCUACAAACCGCCGUGGCCAACUACUUUCAAAUUGAUGUGGUUCUCCAGUACACGAAUGAGUUUCGCCAGAACAUUAAGCGCUGUGGAAGCCUGGAUGAGACCAAGCGCUGCCAUGAUCGGUUUAUGUUGAAUAUUGCGGAGAAUUCUUUCCUCAUGGAGGGAUCGACGGGGCUUUUGGGGAUCUGCCGCGCCCUGGAGGAAUGCGCCAUCACGCUUUACGUUCUGUGUGUGCGGUAUCGCCUCAACUACUGGGCGGUGGAGGGGGUGAACCAAACCCCAAUCGAGGUCGCCGCCGCGCUGGCGGCGCUGGAAACUCGCGUACGGCAAAAAGUCAUGGCGGCCUUCGUCGGUCGGCACCUCAGCGUUUCUAGCCGGCUCUCCGAGCGGGCUCUUUGGAUUCGGAUCGACUUUAAUCGAUACUUUUCCUAUCACCGCGGCGCUAAUCGCGACCCAACUGCUGGCGGCUCAUUAGUUUCUUCUACCGACGGUAUUUCGAUUCUCGCACCAUCCGGUGAUUCGGCGGAGCGUUCCCCGGGCCAUUUUCAAAAACCACCGGCCACCAAUGCGGGAGGGAUAACGGAGGAGCCCCAACCGUCCUCGCACCGUUUUCACCGCACCACGGUGGCACCCAAUCGACGGUCUUCCCACGGCAUUUCAAACCGGAUCGACAAGAAGGAAAUGGGCCAUACUCGGGCAUCAUCGAUAGCGGCGCGUCGUUCCGGAGUUCGUGAAAGCUAG